AUGUCCCUCUACAAGCACGCGAAGACGUACUUGGCGAACCAGUCGAAGUACAGACACUUCAACGCGUUUAAUUCUCUCGUCGAAGCGUCCGUCCUCCAAAGCAGCGAUGCCACCAAAUCCCGUACCCUCGGCGGCCAACCCGACAGCGUCACCGACAAGCCAAUCGCAAUAAAAGACAACAUCUGCACGAAGAACCUAAAGACUUCUGCUUCCUCCGAGAUUCUCAAAGACUUUAGCAGCCCAUAUGACGCGACGGUGGUGAGGCUGCUCCAAGAUGAAGGUGCCGUGGUGGUAGGCAAGACGAACAUGGACGAAUUCGGCAUGGGAUCGCACUCGACACAUUCACACUUCGGCCCAGUGAAGAUGCAGAGAUAUAAAGGAGAGGAUGCAAGUGCGGGUGGAAGCUCAGGUGGAAGCGCGCUUGCUGUCGCGUCGUCGCAAUGCUGGGCUGCGUUAGGUACCGAUACUGGGGGGUCGGUACGGCUUCCUGCUGCAUACACCGGAGUCAUUGGGUUCAAGCCAAGCUACGGACUGCUGUCGAGAUGGGGUGUAAUUGCCUAUGCGAACUCUCUGGAUACUGUUGGGAUUUUUGGCAAGAACGUGGCGAGCGUGAAGAGCAUUUUCUCCAAGGUCAAUAUCCACGAUGCGCAGGAUCCGACGUCCGUUCGUAACACAACCCGAGCAAAAUUCCGCACAGGGAAACGACCAACUUCGUUGAAGAUAGGCAUCCCUCUUGAUUACAACAUCGACACAUUGCAGCCCGCUGUCCGAAAGGCAUGGAUUGACCAACUAAGACAUCUGUGGAAUGCUGGUCAUACUUUGCAUCCUAUCCGGUUACCCACAACACAACAAGCACUAUCAGCCUACUAUGUCCUUGCGCCAGCCGAGGCAUCUAGCAACCUCGCAAAGUACGAUGGCGUGCGGUUCGGCAGUAGAGCUAAGGGCAUCGAUGGUACACCAGAUAGUGUGCUCUUUGCUAGAACCCGGGGUCAAGGCUUCGGUCCGGAGGUUCAGCGGCGUAUACUCCUUGGAGCCUUUUCGCUCAGUGCCCAGGCUAUCGACAAUUACUUCAUACAAGCACAAAAGAUUAGGAGGCUCGUACAACAAGAUUUCAAUAGGGUCUUUGCCAGUCCAAACCCGUUGCUCAAUGCUGAAGAAACCGCGGCAAAGACAGAAGGAGUGGACGUGAUCAUAUGUCCCACAACUCCAUCAACGGCACCGUAUUUGGCUGAACUCGAGGAUCAAGACCCAGUACACUCAUAUAUGAACGAUGUCUUCACCGUACCAGCUAGUCUUGCUGGGCUGCCAGCAAUCACUCUUCCCACAUUUACUCCCUACAAGGAAAAGAGCCAGAGGAGUUCGACGGUUCCGGAUUCAUUCUUCAAUACCGUAGGACUACAAAUCAUUGGUCAAUAUGGAGACGAUGAGCUCGUUUUAUAUACCGCAGAACAGUUGGAGAUGUUUAGAAGUACUCCACAGCCCAAUAGCAGGCCGGAGAUAACCGCAUGGGGCGGUGGUCUUGAAAAGCUUAUGGACUAA